UUUACUUAUGUUUAUGUGUAUAGCAAUAUAUUCAUGUUUGAAAGAUUUCCACAUAAAUUCUAGUAAAAUGCCUUUGCUGUCAGAGUUAAAAACAAAAACAAAAAUCAAAUAUUUACAGAAACUGACUAAUUGACUUAUUAUCGUUUUCGCGAAUUACUGGAUGCACAGUUGGUCAGAACAGCUGAGUCAAUCAUUGUUUAUAUAAAUAUACAUAUAUGGUAAUUGCAUUCGAUCGAUAAAUCAGAAAGGCAAAAGCGUUUCAUUUGCCUACCAAACGCGUCAGUGGACAGAUCAAAGUCAUAAUGUUGCGGCAAUGCAGUUCCUAUGAUGAUUUGAGUGAACGUUUUCGCAUGUUCGAUGGACAAUCGCUGGACUCGCUGCAGGAUCGCAUUGAAAUGAAUCCAAAUGGCAGAGGUCUUGGCAGUCUUUCGGUAGACGCUAUAGAUGAUUGCUAUACGAUAACCUGCUCACAAUCCCAUUCUGGCCUGCUGAGGGAGCAUAAUUUUAAGGUGAAAUCGUAUUAUUACAAUGGCGGUCAUUGUGUGCACUGCAAGAAACGAAUUCGCUUUGCCAUGGCCAGUCUGCGGUGUCGUUCCUGUCCCCUGCGUUGUCACAUUUCUUGCUGUCGUCAUCUCACAGUGAAUUGUAUUCCACAGCCACUGAUGACCACAAAACGUGGUCACUUAAGGGAUUUUGCACCCACUGUGGCACCCAUGGUGCCAGCUUUGAUAGUUCAUUGUGUCACAGAGAUUGAGUCCCGUGGCCUGCAGCAAGAGGGUCUCUAUCGGAUAUCCUCCACUCGAGCGAAGUGCAAAAGUCUGCGGCAGAAGCUAUUGCGUGGCAAGUCCACGCCCCAUUUGGGCAAUAAGGAUACACACACGUUAUGCUGCUGCGUAAAGGAGUUCCUGCGGCGAUUAGUUGAACCUCUUAUUCCAAUAUAUCAUCGCAAGGAUUUUGAGAGAGCCACCCACAUGGAAAAUCCCUUGGCCAUCGAGGAGGCCGUCUAUUUGUCCAUGUUGCAGUUGCAGCAAGCGCAUCGCGAUACCUUGGCCUAUCUCAUACUCCAUUGGCAACGGGUGGCCGAAAGUCCUCCUGUACGGAUGACUGUACACAAUCUAGCCACAGUAUUUGCCCCCACUCUAUUUGGAGAUCUUGAUUUGAGUCUCAAAAAUGUUGUCAUCUGGCAACAGACAUUAACUGUUCUACUCCUUCUCCCUGCUGGUUUCUGGGCACAAUUUCUGGAAGUGCAGCCUACAAAUGACUUUGACUAUGUCGAUAGACAAUGGGGAAGUUCUGCGAAUUUGCGCUGGCAAUCGGUAAAAACAUAUUUCAGAUCAAUGGUUAAUUUACCCAGUUUACAUUGAAAUCGAGGCAUAGCACUUAAAUUUAUUGUUUAGUGUUAAGUUAUUUUAUUUAAUUUAAUUGUUUUGC